AUGCAUCAAGAGGGCAAGAAGAAGCAACUGCCAAAGGUUUGUUUUAGAGGUCACUGGAAACCUUCUGAGGAUUUCAAGCUCAAAGAGCUUGUGGCAAUGUUUGGUCCUAAGAAGUGGAACCACAUUGCAAGGAAGAUGCAAGGAAGAACAGGAAAGAGUUGCAGACUGAGGUGGUUUAACCAGCUAGAUCCAAGGAUUAUCAAGAGAGCCUUCAGUGAAGAGGAAGAAGAGAAGCUACUUGCAGUUCAUAGAAAAUUUGGUAACAAAUGGUCUUUGAUUGCUAAGCUAUUCCCUGGAAGAACAGACAAUGCAGUGAAGAAUCACUGGCACAUUCUCAUGGCAAGAAAGCUGAGGAAACAGUCAACUUCUUACUCAAAUUCAAGGAAGAGACAGAGUCCUUCCCCAGAUGAAAUCACUCGCCUGAAUCUACAACCAACGUUCAAUCUGUUUCCUGGUAGUGUAACGGAUGAAAGGACAGAGUUGAAGAACUACAGCUGGAAGAUGCCAAAAGAGGAAAGUGCUAACUUCAGAGAUCAUUUUCUACAAGAAGAGUAUUGUUCCAUGCGCAUGCCAAUGCAGUACUUGGGCCAUCAUCAUCAUCAACAUGACAUCUCUACCUUCCCUGAAGAUUCCGUGGAACUACUCGCAAGUUAUAUCUCCAACUCUCAACCAUCAUCAUCAUCAUCAUCACCAACCUCAGCACUGUCAACAUCAGGAGCAGAAAAUACAAUGGUGGCCAAAUGCAGCGAGACCACUAAACCCCCAACGUUUAUAGAUUUUCUCGGUGUUGGAGCUUCUUGA